AUGACCAAAAAAGGUUUAUCACCAGCCUCGUCAUCAGCUGCCUUGAAUUCAUCAUUCACGAACGAAAAUGGAACACCAAUUAAAGAACUAUCGGCUACGGCACAGGGGCGAUUUGUUUGUAGUAUGUGUGCAAAAGUUUAUCGAUCGGGAGCUGGUCUUAGAUAUCAUAAACGAAAAAGACAUCGUGGCAUGGUUGAACCAACCGCAUUACAUCGCGUCAAAUGUCAAGAAAUUGGAUGUACAUAUCAAAUGUUAGCUAUCAGUGAUCUAAGAAAUCAUUUAUCGAAUCAUCACCAAAAGCCAGAAUAUAAAUGUACAGAAGAAAAGAAAUUUACAUCAUUGUCAGAUUUUACGGAAUGGAAAUCAUCGUUUGAACAACGUACCGGUUCAAAAUAUGUUAAAAAUUGUGGUGCCAAAGGUAAAUCGGAUAAUCAAACAACUGAAUAUUAUUAUUGUAAUCGUACGGGACCGUAUAAGUCGGUUGGUCAAGGUUUACGUCGUUCAAAAGCGCAAGGUUUGCUUCGUUGUGGUAUUCAUUGUACAUCAUCGAUGAAAGUUGAAAUUCAAAAUGAUGAAAAUAUCACUGUACAAUAUUAUCCAGCACAUUAUGGACACACACAUUUACCCGCUACAGAAGAACCAUCUGAUCAAGAAUUUUUUAGAAUGCAACAUGAUCAACCGAAUAGUGGUGGUAGUGGUGGUGGUGGUGGUGGUAGUGGUGGUGGUGUAAUAACGAAUAUAGCUCCUCAUCAUGUCGAUGAUUCCACACAAAAUCUAUUACAACAGUUUCCAUGUAAUUCAUCGAGUAGUUCACCAUCAGCAUCAAGUAGUUCAUCUUCGUCUACAAAUUCCACCAAUGCCCAGAUUCUAACAUCAAGUCAAGAUAGCAGUCAAAUAUCAACACCCUCUACUACUUUGACAUCGAUGAAUAAUCAAUUGUCACAUUGUAUUAUCAUUUCACCAUCUUACAUGGAACAACAUGAUCAAAAUAUUCAGGUUCAUUCUGAGCCACAACAUUCCAUACAUCAACAUACACUUCAUACACAUCAAAAUCUUCUAUUGCCACCAUCUGUACCGCAACAAUUUCCCAUUCUGGUACAUCCAGCACCCAUGUAUUCGACGGAUGUUCUAGCUAAAAAACCGGUUUCACAAGAUCCCAAUUCAAAAUCUGUAUCAGAAAUAAUGCGUGAAACAUUUCAAUUAUUAUCUUAUUGGCCAUUAGAUUCAACUAUUCUUGUUGGUAGUCAAACAGAACAUAUACAUCCGCAACAACAUUUUAAUAUGGACGAACAUUUAAUGUUUUAA